GCAAGCCUCUGGCGUGGAAGGUUCGCGAAGUCGUGGCCGCCAUCAAGCGCAGUAGCGCCUCUUCCCGUCUAUGGCGACCGGGGCGAACGCGACGCCGCUGGGGAAGCUCCAUCCGCCCCCGCCGCCGGGCAAGGCCGGCUAUCCUCUUCCUCCUCCAGGACUGGUGAUGCAGGGCCCGCCGCCUCCGCCGCCUCCGGGCCCCGCGCAGGCCCAGCCGCAGCCAGCCAUUCCCAGCCUCAUGGCGGCCGCCGCCUUCCCCUUCGCCGCGCUGCCGCCGCCGCCGCCUCCUCCGCCGCCCCCACCGCCGCCCCCGCCGCAGCAGCCCCAGCCGCCUCCGCAGCAGCCCCAGCCGCCGCCGCCUCCUCCGCCGCAGGCCCAGCAGCCGCAGCAGCAGCAGCCACCCCCCCAGUACGGCCAGUACCGCUUCCCCUCGCCGCCGCCCCCCCAGCUGGGCCUCGAGCAGCAGCAGCUCCACCACCUCCACCAGCAGGACGACGGUGGCCAGGCCGGGGCCGGCAAUCAAGAUUUUCCUAAUAAGAAGAGGAAGAGGAGCAGAUGGAACCAAGACACCAUGGACCAGAAGACCGUUAUCCCCGGAAUGCCCACAGUUAUCCCCCCUGGGCUUACACGUGAACAAGAGAGGGCAUACAUAGUGCAACUGCAGAUAGAAGACCUGACUCGUAAACUGCGCACAGGAGACCUGGGCAUCCCCCCUAACCCUGAGGACAGGUCUCCUUCCCCUGAACCAAUUUACAAUAGCGAGGGGAAGCGCCUGAACACCCGUGAGUUUCGUACACGCAAGAAGCUGGAGGAAGAGAGGCACAACCUGAUAACGGAGAUGGUGGCGCUCAACCCAGACUUCAAGCCGCCAGCUGAUUACAAGCCUCCAGCAACCCGAGUGAGCGAUAAGGUGAUGAUACCACAGGAUGAAUAUCCUGAGAUAAACUUCGUUGGGCUUCUGAUUGGACCCAGAGGAAAUACAUUGAAGAAUAUUGAGAAGGAGUGCAAUGCAAAGAUCAUGAUCAGAGGCAAAGGAUCUGUGAAAGAAGGGAAGGUGGGACGGAAAGAUGGCCAGAUGCUGCCUGGUGAGGAUGAGCCCCUUCAUGCGCUUGUCACUGCCAACACUAUGGAGAAUGUGAAGAAAGCAGUGGAACAGAUCCGAAACAUUUUGAAGCAAGGAAUUGAAACUCCAGAGGACCAAAACGACCUGCGCAAAAUGCAGCUGCGAGAGCUUGCCCGCCUCAAUGGGACACUGCGUGAAGAUGACAAUAGGAUUCUGCGUCCAUGGCAAAAUACAGAGACUCGCAGCAUUACCAACACCACAGUGUGCACCAAGUGUGGAGGAGCAGGCCACAUUGCAUCAGACUGCAAGUUUGCCCGGCCCGGAGAUCCCCAGUCAGCUCAGGAUAAAGCACGCAUGGACAAAGAGUACUUAUCUCUGAUGGCUGAGUUGGGAGAGGCCCCUGUCCCAGCAUCUGUAGGGUCUUCUUCAGGGCCUUCUAAUCCACCUCUGCCGAGUGGCCCGAGACCAUCAGGGCCUGGAAAUAACCAGCCACCUCCUAAUCGCCCGCCAUGGAUGAACUCUGGCCCUUCUGAAAAUCGGCCCUUCCACAGUAUGCAUGGUGGUGGUGGAGGAGGAGGAGGCGGAGGUGGCGGCGGCGGCGGAGGAGGAGGAGGAGGGGGGCCUGCAGGACCUGGUGGGCCUCACAACUUCCCUCACCCAAUGUCAAACAUGGGAGGACAUGGUGGUCAUCCCAUGCAGCACAAUCCAAAUGGCCCCCCGCCUUGGAUACAGCCACACAAUCCCCCAAUGAACCAGGGACCACAUCCUCAUGGCCCACCAGGUCCCCAUCACAUGGAUCAGUACCUGGGCAACGCGCCAGUGGCCUCUGGGGUCUAUCGCCUCCAAGGAAAAGGUAUGAUGCCGCCUCCGAUGGGUAUGAUGCCCCCACCGCCCCCUCCACCCAGUGGUCAGCCUCCCCCGCCUCCCUCUGGUCCUCUCCCCCCAUGGCAGCAGCAGCAGCAGCCUCCACCCCCGCCUCCCAGCAGCAGCACUCCCUUGCCAUGGCAGCAAAGUGAAUACGACGACCACCACCACCACGAGCGCUGGCACCGGGGCCAUCCCUCCAUGGCAGCAGCAGCAGCAGGGGGCAGCGGCGGCAACUUCUACGGGGGCCCCGCAGAUGCAAGGCAGCCCCUCCAUGGUGCCUUUGCCUCCAGGGGUCCAGCCUCCGCUGCCACCAGGGGCCCCGCCUCCUCCCCCACCCCCGCCUGGCUCCGCGGGCAUGAUGUACGCCCCUCCCCCUCCUCCGCCUCCCAUGGACCCUUCUAACUUCGUCACCAUGAUGGGGGUGGGGGUUCCGGCUUUGCCACCAUUUGGCAUGCCCCCUGCUCCCCCACCACCGCCACCACAGAACUGAUGAAUGGUUUUUCUAUACAGCUGUUUUUCUCUCCAAUAUGGAGCCUCAAAUUGGAGGGGGAUCUUUCUGGAGCCCAGCCUGGAGCAUGUGAGGGAUGUCUCCCCUCCUUCUCUGUAUUUAGAGGGGUGUGUGACUUUUUCUCAAAUUCCUGUUUUGACUGGUGUACUUCGAUAAUUUGACCCGUCAAGAUGCUAGCCCUAAGCUUCCCUCUGAAGGAAGGACUGUCCAACUGUUUGCAGUGAGAACAAGGGACUCGUAGGAUAUACUUGCUGGGGCAAAACUCCAGUUGAGACUGCCAGGUCCAGCCUUUGAGCCAGCAAGCCCACUUUUUUUUUCUUUUUUGUUGUUGUUGUGAAUACGUAUUCUCACUUGCCCUGCAAGCUCAGAAUGGCAACUUCUGUUUAUUUAAUUUUUUUCCCUUGCUGGGCUUAGGUUUUAAUCGCAUCUUAAAGACACCGUGUUUUCCACAGUCAUGUACAUCUCUACCAUUGAAUGCCUGCCAGUAGAGUUGAAGAAAUGAAUGGAUUUCUGUAGAGUUCUCUAUUUUGGGGGAAUUGAGACUUAUGCCCCAUAGCUGAUUUUGGGGGGUUGGGGUGCCAGUGUUUUUCUCUGGAUCACCUUAGCAAGAAUAGGUAGAAUUUUUCAGGAUGUGUCUACUGUAGAAGCUGAGGGCUUUAAGUCCACCCCAACUCCUCCCAUAGAGUAGUUACGAUGAAUUAGGCAUUGGGAAGGGCAUCUUUCAUCUACUUUGAGAUCCGUUUGUCUCUUAUCCUCCUGCCUAGAAUCUCGUCCUUAUUUUUUUUUUUAACACAUCUGAGCAUUUUGUGGUUUUGGGUGGUCCCACCCCCAGAUUGAGUGAUCUCUGUUAACAAUGAUGUAUGUGUAUAACGCUUCAUUCGGUCACCUGCAACCAUUUUCUUAAUUGCUUUUUGUGUAAGAGUAAAAACUGCAGUGAGAGGGGAGGUUCCAAUUAAAUGCCGUUUUUAAAAUA